AUGUCACCAGUAAAGAUUCCGGCAUAUGCGAAGAUCCUUGUUAUUGGAGGGGGCCCGUCUGGCAGUUAUGCUGCUACUGUUCUCCAACGCGAAGGUCAUCAAGUGGUGCUCCUAGAGGCUGCAAAGUUCCCUCGCUACCAUAUCGGGGAGUCUAUGCUUCCCUCCAUGAGAAACUAUCUUCGAUUCAUCGACUUUGAGGAAGCAUUUGUCAAACAUGGUUUCCUUAUCAAGCCCGGCGCAUGCUUCAAGCUUGUAAAGGGUUUACGAGACACAUACACGGAUUUUCUGGCCUUAGGUCGCGACCACUCUACGUUCAACGUUAUACGCUCGGAAAUGGACGAUCUCCUUCUUCGUCACGCCGAAGAGUCAGGUGUGCAAGUCUUCGAAGAAACUCGAGUCGAAAGCAUAGACUUCGAGGGAGAUCCUGCCACUUCACGCCCGGUUGCCGCACAUUGGCGGACGAAGCGCGGCGAGACUGGCGUGUCAACAUUUGAUUGGCUCAUAGAUGCAUCCGGUCGCGCAGGGAUCAUGUCAACGAAAUACCUCGAUAACCGUGUUAUGCGUGAAAGUUUGCGUAAUGUUGCCGUUUGGGGUUAUUGGAAAGACGUGCAGAAAAAGCACGUUGGCACGGAACGGGAGAACGCCCCAUGGUUUGAGGCGCUCACAGAAGAGACUGGUUGGGCGUGGACAAUACCACUACACGAUGGCACAACAUCUAUUGGUGUCGUGGCGCAUAAAGAUGUCUCUAACGCGAAGAAAUCUCAAGUCAAAGAUGACGGCGAGAAGUUAACGCUCGAGGAGCAUUACUUGGAUCAAUUGCAGUACCUACCGGGCGUCAAAGAGUUGAUCGCGGACAAGGGUCAGCUCAUUCCUAACAGCACACGCAACGCUUCGGACUAUAGCUACUUCACUUCGCGAUGCUCCGGUGAUCAUUUUCGUACCGUCGGAGAUGCUGCCAAUUUCGUGGACCCUUUCUUUUCCUCCGGAGUUCACAUUGCCAUGACUGGGGCUUUGUCAGCAGCUUUGACAAUUUGCUCGUCAAACAAAGGCGAGGUCACGGAAGAGUUCGCCCAGCAGUGGCAUGAUGAGAAGGUUGGGAUGGCGCACACGAGGUUUCUCUUCGUGGUCCUGAGUGCUUACCAACAAAUGCACCUUCAGAAGAAUUUUAUUCUCACGAAUGUGAACGAGGACAACUUCGAUAGCGCUUUCGACAUGUUCCGCCCUGUGAUCUAUGGUCUUGCGGACAGCUCUGCAAAACUCACAGAUGCGAAAGUUCAAUCUAUGAUGGACUUUUUCCAGAGCUGCCUCGACCCCAAUGUUGACACCGAGAAUAUGAGGGCAGUCCGCAAGCGGUACGGCGCUGAUCUGGUUAGCAUCGAAUCGCCGGUGCUUGGCCCGCAACGCAUCGAGACACUCACAGGAUCUGACAAAGAGGGAGAGCGGGUAAUGAAGAAACUUGAUGCGCUGAAAGUUUUCAACGAUGACAAUGACCCUAUGAACAUGGCGCGACACCCGCUACUAGGAUACGCUGCUCAUAUGGAGAAGGGGCAGCUUGGGCUGAGACCGAUUUCCUCGUUGCGGCCCUGAUUUGGAAUGGCGGCAGACCAGCUAUCCCAUAUGACACCUUCAUAUUUUCCGAGUGUAUUACGGGCCUUUUGGUACCUCUUAUCAGUCUCGUACUGUUCACAAUGCCAUAUGUUGUAAG